UUGAAUGCGCUUUCUCUUUCUCUCUUUUCUUCCUUUUAAAUACCAACUCACUCGCACCUUUUCCUGAUAAUCCAAAUAACACAUUUUUUCUAUUCUCAAACAACUUGCACUUUCUCUUUCUCUCUGAAACAACAGCAACAAAAAAAUGUCUCCAGCAGCAGAAAUACCACUUUUAAUUCAUGAAGAAGAAGAAGAAGAAGACUUCUCAAAAAGGGUAUGUGUAAUGGAUGCAUCAGGAAGAUUAGGUUCAAGCUUGGUUGAAAGUCUACUUCAAAGGAAUUACAUCGUUCAUGCUGCCGUCUCUACCUAUGGUAAUUUGCAGCCAUUAAAAGGGAUAGCUAAUUGUCUGAACAACAAGAAUCUGAAGAUAUUUGAAACGGAUCCUUUUGAUUAUGAAAGUAUUAUCAACGCUUUGAAAGAUUGUUCUGCCUUGUUUUACUCUUUCGAAACUCCUCAAGAACAACCCAUCUUUGAUGAGUUGAUGGCUGAAAUUGAGGUCAGAGCAGCUCAUAACGUAUUAGAAGCUUGCGCCCAGACAGAUACAAUGGAGAAAGUGAUAUUCACAUCGUCAAUAACAGCAGUUAUAUGGAGAGAAGACCAUAAAUCCACCACCGCCGACCAACUUUCCGAAAGGGAUUGGAGUGAUGUUAAUUUCUGUAAGAAAUUCAAGUUAUGGCAUGGACUGUCAAAGACACUAGCAGAGAAAACAGCCUGGGCAUUGGCAAUGGACAGAGGAGUAAACAUGGUGAGCAUCAAUGCAGGAUUACUAGUAGGACCAGAAAUUUCAAUGAAGACAUCAUAUCUAAAAGGUGCAGCUGAGAUGUACGAAGAUGGUGUAUUAGUAACAGUAGACCUAAAAUUCUUAGUGGACGCUCAUAUCUGUGUAUUCGAAGAUAUUUCGUCUUACGGACGAUACUUAUGCUUUAAUCAUGUCAUUAAUCAACCUGAUGAUGCCGUUGAGUUUGCGAAAAUGUUAACACCGUCAACGGCGACAACAACUUUAUCAGCUGCUACAAGCUAUGAAGAUUUGGGGAUCUUUGAACAAAGAAUUGGUAACAAGAAGUUGAACAAAUUGAUGGUGGAUUACAAGAACUGAUGAUAUGUGGAUAGAAUAGUAGCCUCACAGAUUUCAAGUAUACUUAUGUCUACAAAAAUACAAAGUAAAAAAGUCAUCGCUGCUAAUGGGGUACCAGUAUGCUUUGGGGGCGUACCAAUCUCUUAAGAACAAGUGUUUUGUCUUAUAUGAAAAUAUGAUAGACCCCCAGACAUUAUGGUACCUCCAUUAGCAGCAUUGAAAAAAGUACACGGCAUUACCGUUUGGCAGUAAAUUUUUAGGAAAAAGCAAAUGCAACCCCCCCCUUAAAGAUUUAAAAUUUGAUAUCUUCUGUGGUGUUUGAUCAUGAUAAA